AUGAUCUUCUGCAAAAACCCUAAUCUGAUUCAUGGUAUAAAACCUUGCAGCCACCACUAUCUUAACUCUCUUCCACAGGUUUUCGCGUCUGGUUACACGCACCGUCCUCAACAAACCCGAGAUUUCCCAACUCAUCUCGUCUUUUCGCAACCAUGUCGAAGAAGAAGACUAGAGAGCCAAAGGAGGAGAAUGUGACACUAGGACCUGCUGUGAGGGAUGGAGAGCAUGUCUUUGGAGUUGCUCACAUCUUUGCAUCAUUUAAUGAUACUUUCAUUCAUGUGACAGAUCUGUCCGGCAGAGAAACCCUUGUUCGUAUCACUGGUGGUAUGAAAGUGAAAGCUGACAGAGAUGAGUCUUCUCCAUAUGCUGCUAUGCUCGCAGCCCAAGAUGUGUCAAGCAGAUGCAAGGAACUUGGAAUUACUGCUCUUCAUAUAAAGCUCCGAGCAACUGGGGGGAACAAGACCAAGACACCUGGUCCAGGUGCCCAGUCUGCACUUCGUGCCCUUGCUCGUUCUGGAAUGAAAAUUGGUCGCAUAGAGGACGUGACUCCAAUUCCAACGGAUAGCACUCGCAGAAAGGGUGGUAGAAGAGGAAGAAGGCUGUAAGCAAUACCUGUUAUCUGUUUGGCUCUGUUUUUAUAUUAUCCCUAUGGGAUGGUUGUUCCUUAUUAAAGCAGCAGUAACUUUUCAGUUUUGGAACUAAUUUAUAGUUUUUAUCUGUUUGGAUGAAAGAUUUAUUUUGAGCUCAAUGUAAAAGAUUAAGCAUCUAGCAGUUUGGGAUAAUUGUUUUUGUGCACCACAUAUAAUGCCAGGAGUCCAAUUCAGAAAA